GUCUUUUACACAGAUACUUGAAUGCAGCGUACGUCAUACAGUAUAAAAGCUCAAAUUUCCCAACAACUUCAGGAGAGAAUUCCCUUGAUAAUUGUAACCAUUUGGCAUUCUAUCUAUUAAUUAUCUUACUAAAUUAUAACAAUAUAAACUUUAAGAAUCAGUCAGUGAUUGGCCCACAGCAGCAGCAGCGGCGGCGGUGGCGGGGGUGGGGGAACCCAUCAGCAACCCUUGAACCGAGCAGCUGUGAUCCAGGGUAGCAGAUAAGCUGCACCGUUACCAGAAACCACUCACAUUUCCCUCUAACUGAUUUUUAUGGAGGCUGUUCUGAACUGCAAACCAGAGGACUUGGAGGAUUACUACGGGUUACUAGGCUGCGAUGAAUUGUCGUCGACUGAACAGAUUCUCAAUGAAUACAAGAUCCGAGCCUUGGCAUGCCACCCAGACAAACACCUAGAUAACCCGAGAGCAGUGGCAGAUUUCCAAAAACUGCAAGAAGCCAAAGAGGUUUUAUGCAACGAAACCAAAAGGAAAAACUAUGACCUGUGGAAAAGGAGCGGAGUUACUAUUUCAUUCCACGACUGGCAAGCCUUGAAUGACUCCGUUAAAACUUCAAUGCAUUGGGCUGUGAGAGAUAAGAAGGAACCAAUGCUGGAGGCUCCAAAGGCAGAGAUACCCGUCACUUCCCAAGCAGAGGACCUUCACUGUGAGCAGGACGAACCAGGGAUCCCCUCAUGUGAUGCCAUGCCAUCCUCAAGUGAUUACUGCCAUCGACGUUUCCGCUGGGCUGCCGACUCUCCAUCUAGUCUACUGCGGAAGUUCAGAAAUUAUGAAAUCUAAAUAUAUGAACGGUUUGAUUUUUGUUUAAAUGUUUGUGUUGUGUGUCUUCUUCUUGUCACUUUAUUCACUCACUGCGAUGUGAAUGUUUGUUGAGAUGUAGCUCCACUGAGCUUCCUGCAUAAAAUGGAAAUCGUGGGCUGUAAAUGUGUAUCAGAUAAUAUAAGAAUAUAAUAAUGUAUGUUGAUAUUUGUCUUGCUCAGUCGUCACAAACACACAAUGGAGAUAUGAUCAUUCCUGGAGUAUCUUUAAUGCUAUAAAGUGUAAGCAUAAAACUCAAACGUGUAUUAUUUGAUGUCUUCAGCUGUAAUGGAGGAUAUAAAAUCAUCAUUUCCAGUUUGUUGCUACUGUGCAUCUGCUUGGCAUCAUUAUACCUACAGUUUAAAUAUAGCACCACUGACUUCCAUGUUUGCUUUUGCCAAAUGAAAGAUGCAAAAUUAGAUUUAGUUUGUGGAAACAAAUGUUUCACCCUGCUGGCAGAUGACGUGUCCUUAAAUCAUGUCAAACCUCUGCUGUAACUGGGAAAUUUAGUUAGCUAGCAAAUCAUAUGAAAUGGAGCCUGAAUGUUACAUAGCUGGAGUUGCUGCCAUUAAAUGCAAAUGAUACUCAGAGGGUUAUCUUCAGUCCAUGUCUCUGAAUAUUAAAGGAUAACUCUGCCAUUUUGUUUAACUGAAAAUAUCAAUACCAGCCUCCAUUGACAAAAUCAGGAAUUUUACAGAGCAGAACAUGAGAAGUGCUGGUAUACAGCUGCCUGAAUGAGAUACAUUGAGGACUGGAUCAAGCCUCUUAAUGAAUGUCACUGCAGUACCUUUUCUAACCCCAAGAAUAAACUGUUCCAUAUGAUUAUAAUGGCAA